AUGGAGUCGAAUUAUACUGGUAUGGAUGGUAACUGGGCUUUGAAUGGGACAGUUAGCGUUGGAAAUGGUACCUUAAUUUCAGUUGAUGAAUUCCUACACAAUGCCUUACCAAUGCAUCUACAGGCGUUGUUUCAAGAUGGUAACUCUCAAGGGCCUCUUCUAACUAUGGAAGAUUUGGAGAAGGCCAUUGAAUUCAAAAGAGCAAGUCAAGAAUUGGUAAACGACAAUGUUUUAGCACCAGAUGGAUUAUUCGUGGAAUUGCUACGACAACAAGAGAAAACUCUACCUCGAUUGAUUAGUGCUACAUCCAACACACAAGGAUCAUUUUCCUCUUGGUCAUUUGCACAAGGUUUAAUAGUUGGCCAAGUAAGCGUCGUUCUCGUGCUGAUCUUCUUCAUUAAAUUCUUCAUCUUUAGUGAUUCAUCUACUAAGACAAAUCCAAAUCCUGCUAAGAAUUCUUCAUCUACUAAUUCAUUAUCAGGAUUGUCAUCAGAGUCUCGUUCCUUUAUUUCACCUCAUUUCUUUACAUCGAUAAUGAAUAGAAAGGGUAAUGAACAAGCUGAAUCUAACGAUGAUGAAAACGAAAGAUCGCGUCAAAUUGAUGAUAUUUUAGAGAAAACUUAUUAUAACGUCGAUACUCAUCCUGCCGAAUCCCUAGAUUGGUUCAACGUUUUAAUUGGGCAAACUAUACAGCAAUUAAGAGAGGAAGCAUGGAAAAAGGAUAAUAUAGUAUAUUCAUUGAAUGCAUUCAUUGAAAGAAAGGCUCAGGAACUACCUAGUUACUUGGAUAGUAUAAAAAUUACAGAAUUAGACAUUGGUCAUGAUUUCCCAAUUUUUUCUAACUGCAGAAUUCAGUAUUCACCAAACUCCAAUGGUAGAAAAUUGGAAGCAAAAAUAGAUAUUGAUUUGAAUGAUCGUUUGGCUGUUGGUAUAGAGACUAGGCUAUUGCUCAAUUAUCCCAAGCCUUUAACGGCAUCCUUGCCGAUUAAUGUCACCGUGUCCAUCAUAAGAUUUCAGGCAUGCCUAACGGUUUCUCUUACUAAAGCUGAAGAAUUCGUUCCAACUUCACCAGAAAGUGUAGAUGAAGAUGAUAAUGAUGGUUACUUUUUAAUGUUUUCCUUUGCACCUGAGUAUAGAAUGGAAUUCGAGACCCAAUCCCUAAUUGGCGCCAGAUCUAAGUUGGAAAAUAUUCCCAAGAUAGGUAGUCUGGUUGAAUAUCAGAUUAAAAAAUGGUUCGUUGAAAGAUGUGUGGAACCCCGAUUUCAAUUUAUAAAACUGCCUAGUGUCUGGCCUCGUAGUAAAAAUACUAGAGAAGGUAAAGCGGAUGUAGAUGAAUCAGAACCAGGAAGAGAAACGCACUAUUAG